GCUCGCAGCCGCCGGUCAAAAAGGACUUUCCAUCGAGAGGGCGAGGCAGGCAGGCAGGCAGACAGGCCGAGAGCAAGAGGAAAAGAGGAAGACGAAGCUUCAUCUCCAAACAAGCGCGUGCAUGCGAGGCAAGACUAGGGUCGCAGGCGGAUUGGAAAUCGUUUGAGUGAGUGAUGGCAGAUGGAAUCGGAUUGACCGAUGAUGCUCGAGGGUAAAAGAAAAAAGGGCCUGUGAUUGUGUAAGCGGAUUGACGGAGCUGAGUUUGAGUGCCUGUGGAAAUUCUUUUCGUAAGUGGAGUGAGUGAGGGUGCGGAGGAACUCGUCGGUCGGUCAGUCGAGGCCAUGGGAGUAGGAUUGCUGUGGGCAUCGGCUGAAGACAUAGCUCGCAACAAGCCGGCUGUGAGAUCCGCUUAUCGUUGCCUGUUGAGGGCAUUGAAUCUGGAGAAAGUGCCUCUGUCUCUCGCCGCCAGGGAGUCCAAAAAGGCCGAAGUGCGCCACAUCUUCGAGCUCGCCGCAUCCGAGCGCUCCGUGCACAACAUCCGAGAGCUUCUUGACAUCGCUCGCCACUCGGUUUCUCUCUUGGAGAAGGGGGAGAUUCCCGGGGAGUCCCGUUGAGUCAUCACCAUCGCAUUCGCCAUCGUCGUCGUCGUUACUCUCCGUCCCUGAUUGAUUUCGGCGGGUGUUUGGUUGAUUUGAGAGCUGUGUUUCGAUUCCACUAUCAAUAAAUUACGAUGUCUAAACCUAACGAGGACUACGUGUAUGGAAUUCCAGCUUACCCUCAUUAUGUUCUUGUUCCUGUUCCUGAGAGGUAUCGGUCUCGUGCACCUUGCUGGGGCGUGUGGUCAGCUUGCCGAGUUCUAACGGCAGCGAUCUUUCUUUUGUCGAUGGUUGGAACUGGAUUCAUAUUGUAUCCGAAAGAGCCUGUGAUGGAUCUUCGCAGAGUCACUCUGGAGGAUAUCAGUUUUCACAUGGAUGAUGGGAAGUCAAUCAUACCUAGUGUCACUCUGGAUUUGAGUCUCAGCCUGCUGCUUAAGAUAACGAAUACCAAUUUCUUCGGAGUCGAUUACGAUAAGGUAGUUGUACACAUUUCCUACAGAGGAGACGAGCUCGGGAAAGUGCAAUCUCAAGGCGGUCUGGUCCCUGCGCGGAGUGUUGCUAUGGUUGCUGCCCUGCUUGAUCUCAAGGGGACACAACUGAUGAAACAUGUGUCUGACAUAAUUGUGGACGUAGCUAACAACGAAGUUCCAAUCGAGACGAGGACAGUGUUUUCGGGAGUAGUGCAAAUUAUGAUGUUCAGGCCACAUAUAGAGGUGACUGUGUACUGCAAGAUGCUUGUGGAUCCCAAAUCGAAGCUUGUUCUGAACAAAGAUUGCUCCCUCUUGUAAGCCUUUAAGCUCGGUAUAUCACUGAAUGCUCUUGUAUGUACAUGUGACCUUAACUAUUGCGAGAAACUUGCCCAAGUCGAACAAAUCAGCCGUGCCAUAUAUGUACAGACCCAGCUGUGAAGUUUCUCUCCUCUGCUGCUGCUACUUCGCCAGGGCUCUGCGUUUCGGUAGGUGGAAGUAUACCAUGUAAGAGUUGGUGUCAUACUCGUAUUUGACUCGUAGAUUAUAUACCUCUGAUCUUAGUCCGCUGGGGAGGUAAAUUAGCAUAACUUCGCCCGAAGAGCUACCAUUGGAUGGCGGGAUGUUGGAGGCUGGGCUCCGUAGUCUCACAUGAAUACUAGAAGGGAUGCAGUCUAAAGCUGCGGGUACGAAGAAAGAAUGCUCCCAACAUGUAUAGGCGGUUGUGAAGAGACCUGCCCCGAUUGACGACGGGCGACUUCCUUACGAGCUAGCUUUGGUCAACUCUGGUUCUGUAAUCCUUGUUGUUGACAGCAGGGAGUUGUACGUGUAUGGGAGUUCGAAUCCUGUAUACGACAUGCACCUCUCCAGGCCACACCAUUUCUACUGGGAGCUUACGAAGUGGUGGGGGGAGUUUACGUCUGGUUCGAUCACCACUAGCCUCUACCUGAAGUCACUGGUGGCUCCACUGCUGUCAAUAUUAUGAGAGAGUGUGUACAACAUUAAUGGUCCUUUUUAUACAUACCGAAGAAUUUGUC